AGCAAAGACUGACUAAUUUCUGAACGUAGAUUGUAGUUAGCGCAUGGAAAAGAGUUCAGUAUUUUUCAACAUGGCAGCGUCCAUGCUUGUGUUGAAUUCGCGCGGUCUUUCUAAAUUCAGGAAAAUUUCCAGUAAUCUCAAACGAAUAAAACCUGAACACUUCUCUGCAUGUGUACUACAGUCUAGUGUACGAAACUUCAGUGAAAUUUUAGGUGGGAGAACAACCAGGAUUGGAUAUGCAUCGGGAUUCUGGGGCGACACUGCUUGUGCAGCUCCACAGCUCGUUCAUCAUGGCCAGCUGGACUUCCUGGUGUUUGACUACCUCUCUGAGAUUACCAUGUCACUUCUCACAGCAGCCAAACACAAAAAACCAGAUCUUGGUUAUGCUCCAGAUUUUGUUCAGGCUGCAAUCGGCCCGCUGAUCAACGACAUCAAGAGGAAAGGCAUCCGUGUGGUGAGCAACGCGGGCGGAGUCAACCCCCACGCCUGCGCUGCAGCCGUACAGGAAGCUGCCAAGAAGGCAGGGAUUGAACUGAAGGUUGCCGUCGUGAUCGGCGAUGACCUCAUGAACAAGAGGGAUGAGAUCAUUGCAUCAGGAACCACAGACAUUGACUCUGGUAUCCCAGCUCCAAAGAGUUUAGUCAGCAUGAAUGCUUACCUUGGGGCCGGUCCCAUCACAAAAGCCCUUGACAUGGGUGCAGAGGUCAUAGUAACAGCCAGAUGUGUAGACAGUGCUGUGGUCUUGGCACCACUUAUGCACACUUUUGGCUGGGAACCAACUGACUACACACGUCUGGCAUCAGCCUCCCUGGCUGGUCACAUAGCUGAAUGUGGGGCGCAGGCUACCGGCGGAAUCUUCACCGACUGGCACCUCGUGGACGGCUGGGACAACAUCGGCUUUCCCAUUGUCGAGUGUGGGGCAGACGGCCAAUUCGUCAUCACCAAAUCUCCCAACACAGGUGGGCUGGUUUCCAAGGCAACCAUCGCCGAGCAGAUUGUGUAUGAGCUAGGAGACCCAGGGCGGUACGUACUGCCAGAUGUGAUAUGCGACUUCAGGAAUGUCACCUUACAAGAAAUUGAAGGUGAUCCUAAUGGAGCUGUGUUAGUGACGGGGGCUAGGGGCUUGCCUCCCUCUUCACAAUAUAAGGUGAGUGGUACUUACGCUGACGGCUUCAGAGCAACUGCGGUGUGCCCAGUCACUGGGCCCAAUGCUGCUGAGAAAGGCAGGAAGACUGCACAGAGUAUUCUUAAAAGAACUAGAACCAUGUUCAAGCACCUCGGUCUGAAAGACUACACACAGACCAAUGUCCAGAUACUGGGCUCAGAGCAGACGUACGGUCCCCGCGCCAGGGAUAUCAACCCUAGGGAGAUCGUGCUGUGGAUGGCGGUGGAGCACUCCCAGCGUAACGCCCUGGAGGUGUUCUCAAGAGAAAUUGCCCCUGCUGGUACAGGGAUGGCUCCUGGUCUGACGGGCAUUGCAGGGGGCAGACCAAGAGUGUCGCCCGUCUUGAAGCUGUUUUCAUUCCUGUAUCCAAAAGACCAAAUAGAGGCUAAGGUACAUCUGGAUGGUAAGGAAGAGAGUAUCACGGCAUCAACCACCGAUGCCUCCCAAGAUACACAACCAGCAGAGGAGACAGGAGCACCAGCUGAGGAGGUACUUGAAGGGGGAAGUCACAGCUUCAGCCUGGGGGAACUGGCCUACACAAGGAGUGGGGAUAAGGGAAACAAUGCAACGAUAGGAGUCAUAGCCAGGCAUGUGUCCUAUGUACCAUACCUAAGGAAGGCACUUACACCAGCCGCGGUGCAAGAAUAUUUCCUGCAUCUUAUAGAUCCCAAUACUCCCAACCCUGUAUCAAGAUAUGAACUUCCUGGCAUCAACGGUUUCAGCUUCCUGUUGAGGAACUCUCUGGGGGGCGGGGGUGUGGCUUCCUUAAGGAGUGACCCACAGGGCAAGGGCUACGGGCAGAUGUUGCUUGAUUUCCAGAUCACCAAUGUCCCAGAUCUUCUUUCUCUGGCCAAGAAGUCAUCAUGAAAUGGCAAACAUUAAAUUGGAGAUGUGAAGGAGAAAAGAACUAAACAGUUGAAGGGACUGGCAUUUCAUCCUUAAGAAUCUUGGAAUAGUCGUCCAAGUUUUGUGAAAAUGACAAAGUUGCUAAAAUGCUGGCAAAAUUGAGAAAAGAGACAAUUGCACUGCAGAUUCAAUUGAUUUGUUAAGAGUCUGCAUCAGUCAGAGGAUGCAGGUUUAAAAACUAAAGUUUUAACAAGACAACAAGACUGUGAAGCUAACUUAAUAGAGAACAGGAUUUACGACUUAUCUGGGUCACUUCAACUGCUCAAAAAUGGUUGGUGGGAAAGGUGUAUUGGCUGGAGGAUGUGUAGAGAUUGUCCCUUUUUUGUUCUGGUGACUGGAACAUAGACUGCAGGGUAUUAAGAAAUGGCUCUGAUCAUUGUACAGUAUUUGAGGUGAUCAAGUCUGCCGUCUGUUUAUAAAAUUUGGGUUGUCAUUUAAUUUGCCUUAAUUUCACAGCUACAGAGACAUAUUUGUACAUAUCAGAUUUUCACAGCAUGAGCACAGAUCAGAAGAAGAUGAGAUUUUGUGUACUUGGACUUUUUGUUUGUUUUCGGUUUGGGUUUUUUUUUUAAGAGAACUACAGUCAGAAAAUCCUCAGUCAGUCGUUGAUCUGCUAUAUGCAAUGUGCUUUUAUGGAGUCAAAUAAUUAGCCAACCUAAAUAUUGAGACAUAAGCAUAAAAAAACGAUUUACAGGUUUGAAAUUGACUGGAACAAGCCCGUCCAAUUUCCUAUGCAGAGGCUUACUGGCUUUUAGUUUGAGUAUGUCAACAUUUUACCAUUUUCUUUGUAUGGAGGAAUUUGGAUAACUGUCAGAGAAUCAUGCAGGCAGUGUUUAUUUAUUUUGAAUAAAAUGUUCAAAAUCAUUUCAUGUGAACAUACCUGUUGUGUGGCUCAUUAGUGCUUGCUGCAAUAUGUCAUGACGGGCAACCAUUCUAAAUAGCUGUAAACUCACCUUGAAUAUUUUUGCAUUGUAUGUAACCGUGUAUUCUGUUCCCAAGUUGCUUUUGAUACCUUUUCAUACCUUUAUCACAGAUCAGAGUUUGGGAAGAAUAUGAAUGAUUAAAUAUAUGAGGAGAGAAAUUAA